AUGGCGAUUGCUUUGGCUGAGGCCGAUAAGUAUGAGAUUUUGGACAAAAUUGGUUGCGGUUCCUUCGGGAUCAUUCGCAAAGUCAAGCGGAAGUCAGAUGGAUUCAUCCUUUGCCGCAAGGAAAUCAACUACAUCAAAAUGUCCCAGAAAGAACGCGAACAACUCACUGCCGAGUUCAACAUUUUGAGUUCCCUUCGUCACCCAAACAUUGUCGCAUACUAUCACCGGGAACACCUCAAGGCCAGUCAAGACCUGUAUCUUUACAUGGAGUACUGCGGUGGUGGAGAUCUAGGCAUGGUUAUCAAGAACUUGAAGAAGGCCAACAAGUACGCCGAAGAGGAGUUUGUUUGGCGCAUUCUCUCUCAGCUUGUCACUGCUUUGUUCCGGUGUCACUAUGGCUCUGAUCCCGCCGAGGUCGGAUCGAACAUUCUAGGUCCAGCUCCCAAGCCAUCGGGUCUCAAGGGAAAACAGGGACAAGUCACUAUCUUGCAUCGCGACCUGAAGCCCGAAAACAUCUUCCUCGGUAGCGACAACACUGUCAAGCUUGGCGAUUUCGGCUUGUCCAAGCAAAUGCAAUCUCACGACUUUGCAUCAACUUACGUUGGCACACCUUUCUACAUGUCGCCGGAAAUCUGUGCGGCUGAAAAAUACACCUUGCGCUCCGAUAUUUGGGCGGUCGGCUGCAUCAUGUACGAGCUCUGCCAGAAGGAGCCCCCUUUCAACGCUCGCACCCACAUUCAACUUGUUCAAAAGAUUCGCGAGGGAAAGUUUGCGCCCUUGCCUGAUUACUAUUCGCCAGAGCUCAAGAACGUUAUUGGAAGCUGUUUGCGGGUCAAUCCCGAUCACCGCCCCGAUACUUCCGCUCUGAUUCAUCUUCCUAUCAUUCGCUUGAUGCGUAAAGAGAAAGAGGUUGUUGACCUCGGAAAGACUCUGCGCCGACGUGAGGAGGUUGCUGUUCAUAAAGUCCGCGAAAUGGAACAGAAUCUUGCCAAGAGAGAAGUGGAAAAGCAACAUAUCAAGGCCGAGAUUGAAAAUACCGUUCGACGGGAGUGGGAGGUCAAGGCCCGCUUGGAAAUUGAUCGCCAGGUGCAAAGUGAACUCGAGCGACUCCGCAAGCGAUUUGAGUCCGAAGUGCAAGAAAGGGUUGCCAUUGAGGUCAAGAAGUACAAGCACAACACAUCCAACAGCAAUACCUCCCGAGAUGAUGUAUUUCGCACCAGUACCACCGGAUCUGGAUCUGGAUCUGGGUCCUCUCGCUCCAGCAAUCAAGGCUGGCGGUCUUCUCGGUCUUCUGCCAACAUGACAGACGACAACGAUACUACGCCCUCAUCAACCACCGAUAUUAGCCAGCUUUCUCUUGGCUCUCCUCCAUCAAAUGCCCGAAAGCAGCCCAAGAAAGAGACACGAACACCAUUUUGCCGGUCCAAGACCGUUGUUGAUUCACCGGUGGAUGUUCAAAUGGCUGAGCCGUCACCAAUUUCAAUUGCUUCGCUUUCCCUGUCCCCUCGCCGCACUUCCGCCCAAGGAGGCGCUCGCAACAUCUUUGCAGAGGCCGAGCGGAACAAGGCUAAGUGGGAGCCCACUCUGGCCUACUCCGACGAUGAGGAUGACACCCCCGAUUUGCCCUCGCCCACUCGACCCAAGGUGAAGCCUGACCCAUUGAAGGCGCCUCGACGACCUCUACUUCGUCAGAAUACCGCGGCUCUCAUGCAGAAACUUAGCACCCAGCCUUCCCUAUUCCCUUCGAGCGGUACUCGCCUUCCUCAAUCGACGAGCGCAUCUACUUCCCAGUCUGAAGAGCGCAGUGCAAGUGAGAGCAGAGCGAGAUCUCCCCACCGUCGUCUAACUAAAAUCCCAUCAUCCGCCAACCUCGCUGCCGAUGCGGGCACAUCACCAACUCGCAAGAGUGGUUCGAAGCAACCUCCUCCUACUAAGAAUGGGGGUGGCGGCGAAGAGAUGUUCAAGGCCGUUAUGCAACGCAACAUGGGCGGCCGCACUCUGGUCGAACUCGCACAGGCGAGAGCUGGAGGCCGUCCGAUGGAUGAAGUCAAGCGUUGUGCCAGUGACUCGCGCGCUGGCGGUCCUACCAUGAGCGUUAAAUGCUCUGAACGUGAUUCUCCUGCUAUCUGGAACCCUGAACUGGAUGAGAUGCCCAGUCCCUUCCUUGCCCGUGGCAAAAAGGUUAUCCGCAACCUGCGGUAG